UUCAGAACAUUGAUUGCCAUUGAUGUAGCAGUGUUGCAGAUUAUGGUAUCCAUCUUCAUUAAGCUUUAUGCAGAGUUUGUGUAGUGGAAAUGAUAGUUCUAUAUUAGCCGUCACAGAAGGCUGCCAGCUUUCCAUAUGGGACUUGAGAAUGAAAGAAAAUGGUGGUUGUGUGCAUAGGAUAUAUGGUUCUGUUGGAGAUAUCUUCUAUGCAGUCUGUAGUUCUUCAACUAGUAUUGCAGUGGGAGGAGCUGAUUGUACUGUUACCGUCUACGAUCCUCGCAGGUACCUAGAUCAUAAUCAAUUUACUGGGAGCAUCCCGGAUGCAUUCUAUAAGCAUACUUUCUUGAAAGAAAUCUAUAUUGAAGGAAAUGCUUUCCGGCCAGGUGUGAACCCUAUUGGCGUCCACAAUGUCCUUGAAGUUUCUGACACAGAGUUCUUGUUUUAGUCAAAGCUUCCACAUAUUAUUUACUCGUAGAAUUGUUUCUUUUUGUUCUUGCUAAAACUAGGGUGUUUCAGUUUGAAUUGGAAUGUAGUUCUAUAAAUAGGAUGUAUAUAAUGUACACUAGUGUUUUGGGAAAUUUAAGAAAUUUUGGAAGUAGGUUGUUUGACAGUUUAGAAA